CAGCCAGACCCCUGAUGCACAGGGCCUCGUGUGGAUUGCUCUGAAGACAGAGGAAAAGUUACUUGCAGUCACUCAGAAGGAGAUAGGGGUAGCCCUGAAAGAAGCCUUUGACCUUGGGAGAGCCCCUGGUGCCAGUACUGCAGUCAUUCAGGUAAAUGGAGAAGGCAGAGGCUGCCCGGCGCGUCAGCGAGAGCCUGCAGGAGCGCGUGGGAGCUGUGUGCCUGGAGGAGAGCCUGAGCUUCCUCGAGAGCUAUGAAAAUGAAGUAAGAAGCUUUCUCCAGCUCAAUGGCCGGCCGAUCGCCAGCAGCCUACGAGUCCUUGAGAACUGCUGCAGACUCAGAGUUGCCUGGCAUAAGAUAAUAUGCAUCUGCAGUGCCAGCACUGAUCAGGAUGUUAAGGUAAAAGGAUUUCUAGAACAUCUGGAAAAUGAGAUUGUAGAACAGCUUCUGCAGAAGAUCACACCUAAAGUCAAGAGAAUACUGAAGGAUCACUUCAAAAAAGGUGACAUCAAAAAACGUGACAGUGGUUUAGGCCACAUCCUAGAAUCAUUAAAGCAAAGCUUUUUGGCAUUUGAAGGGAAAAAUACAGCCAUAUAUGAGGUUCUUGUCAAGAAUGUCCAUGACAUCAUUAUUAAAGAAUAUGCGCAGGCUCUUCUGACUAUUUCCAGGAAACCAUCUUCUGAGCAGAGGAGGAGGAUUGUCAGCAGGAUAGAAGAAGAUCAUAGGAUGCUGCAAACCAUGAUUACACAGUGUUUAGUAAGUCUUUGA